GUGCUAUCUGUUUGUCAGACUGAAGUUGGACGAAUGGAAUAGGCGCGUCUUUGCGCGCCGUGAAAUGAUGUUGCGCCUGGCACUCGAGGUGUUCGCGCCUCAGACAGCCAGUUUCUACGGACAUGAUGUAUCCGAACGAUUUGAUCUAUAUAUUUAUAUUGGUGCUUUUGGUGACCGUUUUGUGCUUCAGGAGCAUACGCAACAACAAACACAUGGAGGAGGAGUGCGACAGCGAUUCGUUGGAACGCUCUGGGCGGGCCUCCAGUUCACCGGAUCGCCAAAACAAUGUGGAGCUUGGACGCCAGCACAACCGCUUUGGCGAUAUAUUCUAUAUUGAGCCGAACAGCCAGGAGGCGGCACGCAUACGCGAACAGCUGGAAAAGGAUGACAAGGAGCUGCCCAGCUAUGAUGAAGUGAUGCGUAUGUGCAAUUUGACAACGCCCACGGCCGCUGCAGCUCUGCCAACGCCAACUAUGGAGUCCAGUGCCAUUGGCAUUGCUGCAUUGCCGGCUCCGCCGUAUUCGGAGUGUGAUCCGCAUCUAAACGUAGAGACACCAGCAGCCACAAAUGCCGUCACGGCCAGCACGUUGGAGCCGUCACCGUCCACUUCGCGUGCCGCCCAAAUCCCAACGUAGCAAUGGUCCAGCUGAUGCACUUGCACACCACAUCCAGCACACACACACACACACACACGCCCACGUGCUAGUGUGAAAAUCUUUGGAUGAAGCUGUCGCCACAGCAUUCCAGUGCCACUCUGGGCCACACAAAUCUCCAGUUUGUGUGCGCUUCUAUAUUGAGAAAUAAAAGUGUGAUUUUAUAAAGUA